CAAGCCCUCCCCGCCACCGGGACCCCCUCUCCCUCUCUCUCUCUUCACAGUCCCUCUCUUAGAGAAAGUCGAUGCACGUGCGUGCGUGCGUGUGUGAGAGUGUGGGGAUAAAUUCACGGCACAACCGGCGUCGCACCACGCGCACCACUCUCUAGCAUCGCACCGCGGAUGCUCUGUCGUUGAGAUCAUCGUCAACAUUUACUAUCGUUAACAGCCUCGUCGUUAUUGUUAUCACUCCCAACGAUUGGCAGCAGUAUCACGAUCAUUUGUGCCAUCAUCGCUGUCAUCAUCAGCACUGUCAUUAUCAUCACGACCACCAUCAUCAUCCCUCUCGCGUUUGAAUGCAGCCAUGUUCCGCGCCGCGCUGUACCAAAGCCCCUUGCUUCAGACCGACCUCCAGCUGCAGUCCGUGGCCGCAGCUGCAGCAGCUGCUGCUGGCUAUGCGGGAGACAGCAACAGCAGCGGCGCUUCCGAGGAAGACAUCGGUGACUGCAACAACCCUGGCCAAGACGACUUGAGCUGCACGGAGUCGGCGAGGCGCGCGCAUCAGUGGAGCAGCACGAGCCUGCAUCUGCAACACAAUCAUAACCAUCAUCAUCAGCAGCAGCAGCAGCAGCAUCAUCAUCAGCAACAGCAGCAGCAACAGCAGCAGGAGGUGAUGGUGCCGUGCGGACCGCAGAGGCGAGCGGCCAAUGCCCGCGAGAGGGACCGAACGCAAUCCGUAAAUUCCGCUUUCACGGCUCUGCGGACUCUCAUCCCCACCGAGCCGGCCGACAGGAAACUCUCAAAGCUGGAGACGCUGCUGCUGGCAUCAAGCUACAUCGCGCACCUGGGCAACACCUUGCUGGCCGGGCAGCCUUGCGGGCAGCAGCAGCAGCACGGCGGAGGAGGAGGAGGGGGAGGCGUGCAGGUCACCCGAGCGAUGCAGGGAUCGACAGCAUCGGCGGCAGCGACGGCGGCGAGUAUCUGCGCAGGGGAGCCGCGGAUUAUCUGCACCUUCUGUCUGAGUGACCAGCGCCGAGUGGGCAGGGAUGCUCCUAGAAAAGGCUGCAGCCAGCGAUGACCUGGACGGACGCUACCUUUCUCGGAAACCCACAGCAGUUUGCGGACGCUCGCGAAUAGAGAGGAAGGUAUAAAAUGUUGACGCAACGGACUCCCGUGACACAUGGUACCUCACCGCGGGUGAUCGCGAACGCGCGUGCAUCUUUGUCACCACCAAAGCGGCGUAGCUGCCGAGUGCGCAGGCGGUGCAAUUGCACCGGCGCCCCGUGGGCUUGACGGGGCCCAAAUUCGGAGAUACGAAGAAGGAAAAAUGCGGACGCGUACGUGGAGGGCCCCAUUUCACUGCUUGCGCCAGGGCCCGUGCCAACCACGCUACACGCGCUACUGGGUGACCCCUAACGGUGCAUGGGGUCAAGUGAUCCUCCUGCCGUGGACAUUUGAACCUCCGUCUGUUGGAGCCGGCACUAAGAGCCCUUCUACAGUGAACGACACUUCCUGGAGGACCUCUGACGUGCGUGAGAAACCUGCCCUGCGUACCAUCGCAGACUGACGAAGUACAACAACAACAAAAACCCUGCAACGCAUUUUGGCCAAGCGCUGGAACAAAGUGUGCCCGUGCACGGACGCGGAUUUUUUCCUUAGUCUUCUGAUUUAUUUGCUGUUCCAUUGUCGCCAGCAACAACUUUCCCCCGGCUUCAGCCGGUGGCGGUUAUCCCGAUGAUCAGCUGGCUGAUUUAUAGGUCGCGAGGUUUUUAAGUGCUUCAUGUUACCUGACGUGGAGCGAUGAUUGACGUCGCCGUUCAAUCGUGUUGUUUUGAAUGCGUUGGUUCUGGUAUUGCAAUGUUGUCGUGCCUGACUUGCCUCUGCAAUAAAAUGUACAAGUCCUGUUUUUUAGUACAAGAAGCGCUGCCACCAGCCAGGGAACACUUGCCCGAGUGUGCGAGUGGGCCUUAAAACGCCAGGUGCUCGGACCGUUUCACAGUAAACAUUAAGAAACAAACUUGUCUGGGAUUUUUGGCCCAACACUUUAUGUUUGAGGUUUUAUUAGGUUUGAGUGAAGUGGUUUACGAACAGAUGGGUCACAUAUGCCCCUGAAGAGGCGGGACCUGUCAUCAUGGGGUGCCAGCUAAUAUAUUGCGCACCGUCGAUUCCCACAUCAUCAUAAAAGUAAAAACUACCUUUUGGCGAUAAUGUAAUCGUACACUCGGUUUAACUCCUCCUCCCUCAUUCCGAUGUCACAGAGUAGAUCGAAGUUCACAGGUGUGCGGUUUGUCAUCGCCUGCUUUGUUAAAGCAAUACUAACAAUACACGUGUCUUUUCGUACAGCUGAGUCGAGAAGCUUACUGCCGAGAUAACUUGCAAACAGCUUAAUUGGACUAACGUUUACCAAUAAUAAAAAAACUAACGGAAUUGAUGGAAAGGUGGCUGAAAGUAUGGAAAAGGAGAAGGAAUUAAUAAAAAAAAAGAUUUGGGGCGAGGGGGGGAUAACAACUAGCCUCUCUUUCUGUGGAAAUUUAAAUACCCUUGGACCAAAGUUUAAGCUGAAAACGUUUAGUCUCCCUUGGUGAUUGGGAAAAGAAAAAAAAGAGUUAUGGCCCUGCUACCAAAUCAUCACAGCCCAUUACAGCCCGGAGCAGUGCUCUUUGUCGAAAGAAUUCAAGCUGAAAACAACACGAAUCUCAAACUGCUGCUGGGAAUCCAAACUGCGCAGUGAUAAAUUGUGAGGGUUCUGGGAACAGAGGGAUCCGGAAAGGCUCUGCCAGUGUGGCCAAGUAUCGGACUCAGUGGCACACUGUAACAUAAGUUUUCCAUCUUGGGCCAAAUUUUGAGAGAUAAAAAAAAUGAAGAGAUGUCCUCAAGUGUGCUGUUAAUAUCUUUCCUGGCUUUACAGAACAUUAUUAUUUUUAUUUGGUUAAAAAGGGUCCCUUUGGCAAUAUAGUUGAGGCAAAUAUCUUUAGCGAGCAGUCUCGCAAUGGGAUUUGAACUCGUUGCUUUAUGUUCACGAGAAAAACGGUUUGCUUACACAGGAAUUCCAAAACCUUCACCACCCGAACAUUGGUCUACCUUUCCACGUUCACCGAUCUUUUCCAGCGAAAUUGCCGAAGGUCGUCGCAAUCCCAACAUCUGACAGGUGGUAAACGUGGGGGAAAGAAUGUGAAGCUCGUUGAGUUGGAGAAGCACCGUGAAAAUUCAUCCUGGCGUAGAAAACUAAAGUAAAUUGUGCACAGGUUGCACAACUCGAUUAUAUAAAGUGAUUAAGCAUUCAUUAAAAUAUAUUGUGAACUCAGCCAGGCCCCCAUAGUUCUUCUUAUGGGAUAACACAAUUACAUUAUUUACAACAACAACAACAAAAAUCCGCUUGCAACUACUUAAAACGUAACAAAAAUGGAUUAUGAUCAAUUCAGUUUGUCAAAUUCUUAGGUUUAUUCGGUAAAGACACGUAGGUAAAUUUUUUAUUAAUAAAAGUAAAAUAAAAAUAAAAUAAAAAUCAUGACGUGAUUUCUAUUUUAUUAAUUUUAACUUUUUUACUUUUAUUAAUUUUAAUUUUAUUUUUUUUACCUACGUGACUUUACCGAAAAAAACCUAAGAAUAUGAAUCAUUGCAGUCACGAAAGCUUCAAAUCUAGAAUAAAUUUGUCAAAGUUGAUUGACAGAAAUGCAUGCAAUCAUUUCAGUGCAACACUUUAGUUUGCCUCGAAUAGUUGACUUUGGAAUGUCCGCGCAUUUAUUUGCGUGCGAUGCCCUAAACCUACCCAGCGCGUCACUUCAUUUCAACACGACCUCGACCGCCAACGCGGGGCUCGACGCUUUAAAAUGACCCGCUUCGUCUUGCUUUUAGCGCCCGUCCCACCAAAGUCAAAUGCCCUUUCCAGCGCUCACAGCUCGCUCGCUGCGAGAUUUUCGCACAGCGCAGGGGGCCUUCGUCGAGCACGGUCGGUCUCCGCAUCGUGGCUCACCGCCACGUGGCCAGCUUGAACAACCCUUGACCUGCCGACUUUGGGUGCCGAAGUCGAUGCGGGAGUCGUUCCACGUGGUCCGCCCCGCGACUGCUGCCCCCCCC